GUGAAAUAUUGAGAAUUUAUUCAAAUACGGAAUUGAAAAAAAUGCAUCAAUGCAGAAACAUACGCAACUUUACUGCACGACUGGGCAAGCCGAUUUAUUGUCUUGUCUAUGGACGCGAUAAUGAGGACGUUAUUAAAAUAAAAAUAAUACGUGGAGUAAUCAGUUUCUUUCUGGGAAUGCUGCUGAGCUAUUUGCUGUGGCUGCUGGUGUCGCUGAGCUUCGAUUUUAGGCAACUAUUUCGACAUUAUGUGCCGGACUUGCCGCUGCUUUAUAUGUAUUUGAUAAUUAAUGCUACGAUCUUUGCGUUGAGUCGCAAUAUGCGAGCAAUAACGCUGCUGAUUUUUGUAGCGCUGAUGGGCAAAACUGGGCGCAGUUAUUUGCGUGCGCUGGCGUUUGCUAUGAUCAUAGCUGGACCUAUAGAUAAUUUGGUGAGGAAUGCGGGUGAAGUGGCGCGUGUGUUUAGCUGCACUACUAUACUGACCUAUAAUCUGACCAAGACGCGUGUGGAUUUGAUGGCAAAGCCGUUUACCAAUACGCUGCAGCAUAUGAAGCAGGAUGUGGAGGAAAUACAGGAUAACUUUAAGGAGCUGCAGGCAAUACUCAGUGAGCUGAAGUACAAUGUGGAGCAUGUGGAUGCAGCUAUGGAGCCUGCGAGCAAUAAGUCGAACAUAACGUUGAUGCAGCCGCUGCCGCAGCCGGCGCAGGCGCAAGCGCGUUUCGUGCGCAAUAUGAGCAAACGCUGCAAGCAGCAGCUGAACAGCGGACAUCGCGUUUGCCAGCAGGUGUUCAGGCAGGGCUAUCGCAAGUGUGCUACCAACUUUCCCAGCUGGCUGGCUCAAGCUAUAUGCUGGCCAUAUCGCAUUGAUAUAAUAUGCAAAAUCAAUCUGUUUGGCAAUCCGGAUAAAGUUUGCAAUGCUAGCAAGGUGGUGCCUGCAGACUUUGGUGACAACUAUGUGCAGCUGCUUAGCACGGAGCGUCAGCUGUACGGCAAUAGCUCGGGACUGGAAAUAAGCUACAAGCUGCAAAAUGCAAGCGCAGCCAAAGCGCAGCUACGCAGCGCGCAGCAAACGCAGCGACAGUUUACCGAAGAUUUUCAACGACGCAAGCGCAUUUUUCAAUUUGUAAUGAAGCUGCUGGAAAAGUUGCUUUGUUUUUUUAUAUUACGCGUCAUUUGGUCAUCGCUGCGCUACUUUGCGCUCUAUCGCGGCAAUGUAGAGUUCGAUAACAAUUAUUUAACCGACUACUUUAAGCAUUUGGAUGCACGUAUGCGUCAGGCCAACAAGCCAGUGGUGCUGCCACUGCAUAACUAUGAGCGUAAGCGCUAUGUGGAUGUUGCGCAGCUUUGCAGUCGCUCCGGCGUGGAGUGCAGCAGCUUGAUUUACAAUUUGCUGCAGCUGCUGCUGGAGCUGUUCACAUCCUGUCUGUUCCUGCUGCUCGAUGUCAUGGUAGUGCGUCUAAUGCGUAUAAUACGCUCACGCUCUUUGAUUACUUACAAGCAGGAAGGUGAGCAUGAAAUACGCUUCAGCAUCAAUGGCACCGGUUUGAUGGCGCGUCUGCUGCGCACCACAAUGCGCAACUUCAACAUACACGAGCGCGUCUCCACCUCGCUGAGCAACGAGGAGUGUUUGCCUGUAGCGCAUGCGCUGCCCUCGAGCUUCUAUGCCAAGCUCUGCCUGCUCUAUUUGCUCAUACUGCUGCUCAUUUGGAAGAGCACAACGCUGCUGCGUCUGCGUCCCUUCAUUUGCAGCUAUUUCUACUACAAGCGCGAAAAGCAGCGCAUUCUCUUUCUCUAUAACAGCAUCAGGCGUGAGCGUCUCUCAAUGCUGCACUCACUACGCCGCAUGGGCGAACUGAAUCUUGCCGCACGCCGCAUUGAGCAUAAGCUGAACAUUUGUCUGCGCCUGCGGCUUGGCUUUCCCGGCAGCUUUGGCUGGCUGCAGCGCUUUCGCUGCGCCAGACGCUUGUGUCUCAUCUGCAGCGUUUUGGAGGUAGACGGCUUCUUUAUCUGUUUCCUAUGCAGCUUGGCCUAUUGCCAAGAGUGUUGCACGCUGAUCAGAAAUAUUUGCAUCCAAUGCGAGUAUGAAAUACGACGCAGCAGCGCAGACGAAAACCACAGUGAUGAGACCAGCGUGGAGCUCUACAGUUAUCGCAAGGAGAAGUAGCAAAAGUGCAGUACACUAUAUACACUUUGCCAUUUUUUAAGUGUCAAAAGCGCAGACUUUU